ACCACCCACAUUAGUCACAUGAUACAAUACGUCCUGCUGACUCCGGAGUCGCUGUGUGGAACGGCUUUUCGCGAUGUUUAUAUCCACCUUGAAGUGCUACUCGUGACAUGUGUGUUAUUUUUUUAGCUAAAAUAGAAGCCAUGGCUCUCGUACGGGGCUCGAGCCUGAAAACAGGAAGUGCACUAGCGGCUCUGUGGCUGCUUUUCCCCGCUGUCAUCACCACCUCUGCUAAGAUUGAACCCCUGUUGUUUGAGGAGCAGUUGCUGUGGGUGAGUGGCAUGGAGGGGGAGGUGAACACCUACAGGAUCCCUCUGAUCACCUUCACCCCCAUGGGGAGCCUGCUGGCUUUUGCUGAGGCUAGGAAGUUCUCAGCCAGUGAUGAUGGAGCAAAGUUCAUCGCAAUGCGGCGAUCCACUGACAAAGGAUCCACGUGGUCCCCAACCUCCUACAUUGUCGACGAUGAACUGGAUCAGGACGGCCUGAACCUGGGCUCGGUGGUGGUGGACCAGGAAGUGGGCUCGGUCAUUCUGGUGUACACCGUUUGCUUCCACCUGCACAACUGUAAGCCUGCUAGCACCAUGAUGGUUGAAAGCAAGGAUGAUGGCCUAAGCUGGACCUCACCCAAGAACCUUUCCAUCCAGCUGGGAGUCCAGAAUUUUGCUCCUGGACCAGGGUCCGGCCUCCAGAAGCGAUACGAACCACACCAAGGAAGAUUGGUGGUAUGCGGGCAUGGAACAUCGGAAGGGGAUGGCGUUUUCUGCAUUCUAAGUGAUGACCAUGGACACACAUGGUUUAAUGGUGCGGCGCUAAAAAGCAUCCCUUACAACCAGAAGAAGAGGGCGCUGGACUUUAAUCCAGAUGAGUGCCAGCCAGUUGAAAUGAUGGACGGCAGCAUUGUCAUCAAUGUGCGAAACCAAAACAACUACCACUGCAGGUGUCGCGUGGUGGUGCGAAGCCAAGAUGGCGGGAUGUCCCUGCCAAUAGACGACCUGUACUUUGACUACGAGCUUGUGGAUCCUGCAAUAGCAGCCGGGGCCUUUCAGAAAGAGGGGGUGCUCUUUUUCACCAACCCAGCUAAUGAACAACAGAGAAUAAACCUUACCUUACGUUGGUCAGUGACUAAUGGCACAUCCUGGGAGAAGAACGCUCUGCAGAUUUGGCACGGGCCAAGUGGUUACUCCUGCAUUACAUCACUGGAUAGUGGUUCUGCAGACGACAGGAGACACAUCUUUGUCGUCUAUGAGAAGGGCCUACACGACUACGACGAGACAAUCUCCUUUGCCAAGAUCCACCUGUACGGCGGCCGGGAAAGCACAUGAAUCAGAGGGUUUGAACAACAGGAGGAGAAGAAAAAGGAACGAGGUUUGUUCGCAGCCUUGAGUUUCUCAGGAAGAAACAAAAGAGACCUUUAAACGUUGUUAUGUAAAACAUGAAAAUGGGAAGAUGUGCACUGUGAUGGCUGUUGUUUCUUGUUCUACAAUAAUCACCGAUUUAUUGUUGGCAUUUUUAUGAGACGUCGCAAAGACAGUUUUUCUUAAAGCAAAACAAAUGUGUAAGGUUACUGUACACAUUUCUGGACAUAAUGUUUCAUUUAUGUUGGGAACAUACUGUUUUAUACAAUAAUAAUGACACCCUAGAGCUGUGUAGAGCUGUGUUUGCGCUUUAGUAGAAUUCAGGGUGUGGCGAUUUAAAGCAUCCUUGACAAGUUGAUCCACUUUAUGUCAAAAGAAGUUGACUUGGCACUGGUGUCUUACAGCAUGUGUACGCGCUAGUGUUUGGACUUUAUUUUGCCUGAAAAUCUGCAAGGGUUCCAUAAAUUUAAGCUUAUUUUGAAAAUGGAAUGUGAUAUUGAUUGCCUUUUCAUGACUGUGCUUUUGGAAACUCUUCUUGAAUGGUAGGUUUCCUUUAAAACCACAGCUAUAAUUUUAAAUGUUCGUGUGUGUUAGUGACCUGGAAGCCACUCCCACUUAUGAUGCAAUCUGCAUGUGUAUGUUUGUGUGUGUGGGGAAGUGUUUUCAUAUUUUAUGUUCAGUCUGAUUCUUCUCAGAAAUGUACUGGUGUACACGUGGACUCCUUUUUAACACCUCUCUGAUCAACGGUUUAUAAUAAACGGCUGUUGCCAUCAUUUCUUGCUUUGUUUUCGUCAUUGUGACUUGUUUUUUUGCUAGUUAUUUUGAAGAAAUAUGUCAAAAAUGUCUUCUGUUAUCAAAUUCAAUAAAAUUUUGACAUUAAGCUAAACUCUGUCACAAGACGGGGUGUUAGAGGGCUGUCCAAAGUGUGGCCACGGAGCCAUUUUUGGCCCGCAGCUUGUUUUUUAUUGGACAUCUGUGUAUUAAAAAAAGCAAUUCAUUAAUAUUGACAUAUUAUUAGAUAUUACACUAAUUUACGUUGUCACACAAGCUAAGAUGUCAAUGAUUUUGUUGUUCAGAUCGCCUAGCAUGUAUUGGAUUGUAUUGGUUUUAACGACUUUAAUGUGCAAAAUGUAUCAAAGUGGACUCCCCUCAUUUUUCUGUAUGUACCCCUCAGUGAGUGGAAAAUGUUUUACACAUUAAAGAUGCUAAAAUCAAUUCAGUGUAGGUUAAUCUAUACCACUGGAGGUAGAGUCUGGGUGAGGCUGGGCCGCAUCAAGUAUUGGGAGUGAUGCCGGCUCCCAGCAUGCUUUGCGGUACUUGUUUUGUGAAAAGUUGCCAAAGUUACAUGGUUCGAGUUAACGUAGUUAUUUAUUAUUCCUCAAGUAUGUUUACUUACUUGGUGCUGCUGAACUUGCCCAGGCUUUGCGGGCCGCACUUACACUAAUACUUGAUGUCAAGCAGGGGGCCACAAAACAUGUCCCGGCCGUGAGUUUGAGACCCCUGAUCUAUGCUAAGUUAUCUGACGUCUUAGCUUUGCAUUAUAGGUAAGAAAGAAAAUUAUUGUAAUGUAUAAAAUACAUUUAAUUAAUAAUGCAUUUAUUUUAGUUUUAGAAUAUGAUGAGGACCAAUAAAAAACAAGCUGCGGCCCCCGGGCUGCAGUUGAA